AGUCGUCGUUCGUUCGUUCGUAUAAGCGAGUAAGAGAGAAAGACGGCGGAGACGACGCGCGAACGUCGCGACGUCUCUUUAUACAUGUGCUCCGUAAAACCGCGUGACGUAACACUCAGUUUACAUAACAAUAUUGUAAAUAUACGUGGAUGCUAUAGUUACACUCGUUAUUGUACCGCGGGUCAGUCGAGGUCUUAAAGUGUUAUCGUGAAAAUCGAGGAAAAUCCCGAGUUUUCUUUACUUGACGGGAUCUUUUUGUUUUUAUAAAUUGGUGCAGGUGAUAGAUCUGGCAAAUUUGGAUUACGUUCCCGUUGGAUCGCUUUGGAUUCGAACUGAGGAGGCAAUGGACACCAGAAGAAAAAUGAAGCAACAACAGCAUCAGCACUUCCGUACACACCCGUACAAUAAAAAGCCGCAAAAGGUGCGCCAAGUGGUGAAGUCCAUCCAGGAGCAGAAGUUGACGCUGUUUUCCUGCACGGAGUGCGGCAACAUCUUGUGCCGUCCAGUGACAGUUAAGUGCGGCCACACCUUUUGCACCGGAUGUCUGGACCGCAUGGAGAAGAAGAAGAAGUGCCAGAAGUGUUUCGAGGACAUCGAGCAUCAAGACGGGGCGAGGGUGAACGUCCUGGUGCAGACCCUUAUAGACAAGUGGAAGGAGAAGAACUGGAUCGGGCACAGUGAGAAAGAUAUACCGGCCCUAAUUCUCCAGCUGUAUCCCAGGUACACCUUAAGAUCGGGAUACGCCGGCCUGGAAUGUUCCAUAAACACGUCGGCGGUCCAGAAAAGAUCAAAGAUCCAGAGGACGGAAAUAAACUUUCCGAGGAAACAGAUGUACGAGAGGAUACAGCAUCGCAAAAAAACCACGAGAAACCUGGAAAAAUACGCGAAAAGAAACCAAAAAGAGGGCGUGACGUUCGAGAAAAUGCUGGACAGGAUGCUGGCCAACUUGGAGAGCACCGUGGAAAAAGCUUUAAGAGAGUCCUGGAACACCAUCACCAUCGAGGACCUGGAAUGUCUGUUGUGCCGCAGGUGUCUUUUCGACCCGGUGACCACCCCUUGCGGACACACCUUUUGCAGGGACUGUCUCACGAGGGUCUUGGACCAUAGACUGACGUGCCCCCUGUGCGUCUCCCCUUUAUCUGUAGGGGAUUAUUUUAGGGGCACCACCAGGAUACUGGACCAGGCCGUUAAGUUGUUAUUUCCCGGAGAAAGUGUUUGUCACAUGUACAGUUUUAAUGGGAAGACUGUUGACGUGCCGGUGUUCGUCUGCACCAACGCGUUCCCGGGCGUGGCCUGCCACCUCUACGUCUACGAACCCCGGUACCGUCUGCUGAUCCGUAGAUGCCUGCAGACCUCCGAUAAAACCUUCGCCAUGGCCAGCCUGGACCACUGUACCGGCAAAUUCAUGCCCUACGGUACCAUUUUGGAGGUGAGGGACGCUGUGACCCUCGAGGACGGACGCAUCAUCUUGUCCGCCCAAGGAAUACGUCGCUUCAAAGUGCUCAGCAGGAGCGAAAAGGACGGUUACGAUACGGCUGUGAUAGAACACAUCCGGGACGUGACGCCCUCCGUGGAUAGUGUGAACAAUUUAGUUUCGUUGCACACGCGUGUGUACAACAGGGCGGCCAAGUGGAUCCGAUUGUUGUCCAGAUCCGCCCUUUCCGAGGUGGAGCGGUUAAUCGGGAAAAUGCCCACGGUGGAGAAGGACUGGAUCAAUUUGCCGGACGGACCGUCCUGGACCUGGUGGUUGAUACCGAUUUUACCGCUCAGUUCGCAGCUACAGGUGGGUUUCCUGAGGAGUGCCACCCUGGAAAAGCGACUCCGGGCCAUCGACAAGAUGCUGGAGCACAUGAAGGUCCGCAUGAAGGCGGUGUCCAAGGAGGACGACUCGGUGUCCUACUCGCACCAGAGUGAGAGGGUCGAGUUUUGCGGCGAUUAGGCUUCGGCCGUCAACGUUUAUGUUUUUUUUUAUAUUUUUUUAAAGUGUCUUUAAUUUAUUUUUCUAAUCGUA